AUGGCAGCAUUCCACUACAUCACCAUCACCACCCUACUGUUCCAUCUGUACGGUUCUGGCCUUGGAGAAGAAGUCAAGCAAUUCCCUCCGAGUGUCUUGCAACACCAAGACAAUUCUACGACACUGACAUGCUUGCAUACAUAUUCAUCCUAUAAUACUAUGCUGUGGUAUAAACAAUCUCAGGAUGGUGGACUGCAGUUAUUGGGAUACCUUACAGGAACGGCUGAAAGCCUGGAGAAGGAAUUCAAGGACAGUGUUCCUAAAAAAAUCGAAAUGAAGGGGAAUGCAAUGGUUAACAAUAACGCUUCUUUAGUUAUAAACAAACUUGUACCAAGUGACAAGGUCAACAUGUGCAAAGCUAGCCUAUUUACACUGUCACUUCUCUGGCUAACAGGUAGCUCUCUUGGCCAAACAGUUGAACAAACACCCUCAGAUUUGAUCAAGAGUGAAGGAAAAUCUGUGAAAAUCAAUUGUUUGCAUACUAUAAAGGACUACAACGUCAUUCUCUGGUACUGUCAAAAAGAUAGAGGAGCAUACACGCUCAUGGGAUAUCUCUUUGUUACCCAAGUGAACAGAGAAAAGGCUUUUGAAAGCCAGAUCCAGCUGGAUGGGAAUGCCGACACCAAUAAAGAGAACUCACUAACAAUCAACAGCCUCUCGCCAAACCACAGUGCUGUAUACUUCUGUGCAGCCAGUAGACACAGUGAUACCAGCCAUCUGCAUUCUGAACAAAAACCUCAGUUUCUUCCUCCUCCAUACAUGCAUGUUCUACUACAGCCUUGCUGA